GCAGGGAGCUGCACUGGCGGCGGAGCAGCCGGGACUCAGGGCGCUCCCACAGGGGAUGCCAGGGCCACAAGUGGCGGCUUAACCCAUGGCGCCCCGACCUUGGGGUUCAAGCACGCAUGAGUGGGGAGCCAACUCCUCUUCAAACCACAGCAAGUGCUCUGCAUGGUUCACUGGGCCGUGGCCAGGCCCCGCCAUUCCCAGACACGGCCGUCUGCGGACUGUCUCCCUCCCAGCGGCAUUCCGAACAGUGCUGUCAAGGUCACAGAACCAAGCCGGGCCAAGGGAUCGGCCGGGACACCGUGAAGGCGCUGCACGCUCGGGGAGCCAACGUGGUGGCCGUGAGUCGCACCCACGCUGACCUGGUCCAUCUCUCCCAGGAGUGCCCCGGGGUGGAGCCCGUGUGCGUGGAUCUGGGUGACUGGGAGGCCACGGAGCGGGCGCUGGGCGGCGUGGGCCCCGUGGACCUGCUGGUGAACAACGCAGCGGUGGCGCUGGUGCAGCCCUUCCUGGAGGUCACCAAGGAGGCCUUUGACAGAUCCUUCCACGUGAACCUGCGCUCUGUGUUCCAGGUGUCCCAGAUAGUAGCCAGGGGCAUGAUCGACCGCGGAGUGCCCGGCUCCAUUGUCAACGUCUCCAGCAUGGUGGCCCACGUCACCUUUCCCAACCUGUCUGCCUACAGCUCCACCAAGGGCGCGAUGACCAUGCUGACCAAAGCCAUGGCCAUGGAGCUGGGGCCACACAAGAUCCGCGUGAACUCCGUGAACCCCACGGUGGUGCUGACCGCCAUGGGCCAGAAUGUCACCGCCAACGCUGAAUUCGCCCAGAAGCUGAAGGAGCGCCACCCUCUGAGAAAGUUCGCAGAGGUGGAGGACGUGGUCAACAGCAUCCUCUUCCUGCUCAGCGACCGCAGCGCCUCCACCAGCGGCUCGGGCAUCCUCGUGGACGCCGGCUACCUGGCCUCCUAGAGCGCCUGGCGUCCAGCGACCGGAGGGGCUUGGCUUCGCGUUUGCCCAGGCCCCGUCUGGCCGCCCCCCCACCCCACGCCACAGCUGGCCCAGCGCCCAGCGCCGGCCCCGCCUCCACGCCAAUUCCCGCCCCCCGCCGGCCACACCUCCUAUCCCGGCCCAGCCUCCUGCGCGGCCCCGCCCCGACCACGCCUCCCAGCCCCGCCUCACUCCACGGCCCCGCCCCGACCACGCCUCCCAGCCCCGCCUUACUCCACGGCCCCGCCCCGACCACGCCUCGUCCGCCAGCGCUGGCCCCGCCUCCACGCCCGCUCUCCACCGCCCCUUCCAUGGCCAUGACGUCAGCGUCGCGCUCAUCCUGAGAUCCCGCCCUGUCUCCUGCGACGUCCGCAGCGCUGCCGGGCCGGAUCCCUAAAUAAAUGGAGGCCGCUCUGCGGG